CGAAGAUGAUGAAGAAGAUGAAGAAGAUGAAGAUAAAGAAGAUGGAGAUGAAGAUCUUGAAGAAGAAGUUCCUGCACCAGUUAACGUUGAUGAUGGUAAUGCUAUUAAAGGUAAAGGUAAAUCAAAAGCUAAACCAAAACAACCUAAACAAAAGGAUAUCAUCAAACCUCUUCUUGCUGCUAAGAAACCAGCCGUUAAUAGACGUCGUAAUUCAAUUCAAUUAAUGUCUUCAACUACAUCAUUAUCAUCGACUGCCAAUGGAUCAUCUUCACCCGGAUUAGGCUUGAAUUUGAAUGGAGCCAAUAAUGAUAUCAAUUCCAAUGGAAAUAAUGAAGCUGUUUCUGGAUUAGGUAUCCAUACUGGUACUACACCUCCAUUAACUGAUGAUGUUAAAGUUGAUUCUAAAAAGAAGAGAAGAAAAUCAUCUAAUGCCAAUGAAUUGAUUUCAAUUGGAAUCUUAGGUUCAACUACUUCAUUGACUAGUUUGAAUGCAAGUGCCAUAGAUGAUAUUCAUCCUAUUAAAUCAUCUUCAUCUCCAAAUAUUUCUCCUACUACUACUAUCGAAGAAAACCCAAGUUUAAAGAAUUUAUCACCAACCACUUCAAAUGGUGGUAAUAAUUCUGUUCAACCCAAUGCUCAAGGUUCUUUCCCAUGUCUGGAAUGUGAUAAACAAUUCAAACGGUCAGAACAUUUGAAACGUCAUAUAAGAUCGGUUCAUUCAAAUAUUAGACCGUUCCAUUGUAAAUUUUGUGAUAAGAAAUUCUCAAGAUCAGAUAAUUUGGCUCAACAUUUGAAAACCCAUUAUAGAAUUGAUAAUGAGGGUCAUACUAAUAUUGUUUAUGGAAAUAAUCCUUCAUCUUCCACCACUACCAAACCAUUACUGCUGCUGCUGCUGCUGACUAAGAAGAAGUAAAGAUAAUAAAUACUUAUUUGUUUAAAUCAUUUUUUAUCAUUGUUUUUUUUUAUUUUAUAUUAUUUUAUUUUUGUUUAAAGUACGCCGUUUUCGUACUUUUUAUAUACUUGUAUAGCUGGUCUAUUACUCUUCUUAUUCUGUUUUUUAUUUUUUUUUUCAUCUUCAUCGAUU